AUGCCGAGAGUGAGCGAAAAACAAAAACUUCUUAAAUUAUUAGAAGUAGCUGCAUUAAACGAUUUAAUGAUUGUCGACAAUUUUUUAAAAUUCUGUUUUCUGGUAGAAGAGAAGACAAUAAAAGAAGAUUACAUAUUGGAGGAACUGCUGAUUGUUUUGGCCCUGGGCGAAGAAUGCAGAUACAGUGUGCCGUUUAUUCAAAAUAGUGUGCCUAAGUGUAAGGAAUUCUUAAACGACGUGUUAUGGGAACUUGAUGAGACUAGAUUCAAGAAGAUUACACGCGUAAACUGGAAAACGUUCGACUUUAUUUUAAAUUUAAUAAAGGACGAUGCGUCGUUCAACCAAACACGUUCUUGCAAACAAUUCCCUCUCAAAACACAAUUAGCAAUCGUAUUAUAUCGCUUAGGCUCAAACGGUGAAGGCGCUACUCUGUCUAAGAUUGCUGGCUUGUUUGGAGUUAGUGAUGGUGGUAUCAUUCAGAAUUUGACUGACAGAAUUUUUAAAGCACUGUUAAAGCAUAAAGAUCAGUAUCUGUUUUGGCCAAAUAGCGAUGAACGUAAAAAGCUCGUGUCAGAAACCUGGGGUGAAUUGCCAAACUGCGUGGGAUACGUCGAUGGUACUGAAAUUCCUUUGGCGGAAAAACCUUCUCAAGACCCAGAAGCUUACUUUUCACGAAAGCACCAAUACUCAGUUAAAGUUCAAGCCGUUUGUGACCAUUCGCUUCAAAUAAGACAUUUAGUGUUAGGCUAUCCAGGUAGCGUACAUGAUGCACGUAUUUUUAGUAACUGCGAAUUGUCGAAUGACCCCGAUGUGUUUUUUGGAGGAGCUGAAUGGAUCGCAGGUGACAGUGCCUAUAAAUUGUCACGAACUCUUAUAACACCAUUUAGAGAAAACUCUAGAGAACUAACACAGGGUCAGCGAACUUUCUUUAACAAAAUAUUCAGUCGUUAUAGGAUUAGAAUUGAACAUUGUUAUGGCAUGUUGAAGGAAAGGUUUGGCAGCUUGAAAACGUUGAGACUUCAAAUCAAGGAUGAAAAAGGCAUGAAUAGAGUAAAUAAAUGGAUUAUCUGCUGCGCGUUGUUGCACAAUGUUAUACUCCGACUUGACGAUCGUUUCGAUUACGAGCUUGAGGAAUCUGAGCACGAUGUUUUAGAGUCAUUACCUACUGCUCGAACUAAUGAAGGGGAAGCGGUACGCCGAACCAUCUAUGAAUUGUUAAGUUAUGCAAACAAUGAAUAA